UCUUAUAAUUUCCUUGAUCAGUCAACAUGAAGUGUUCAAGUCCGGUAAAAUUUUCUGCUUUAAUAAUUUUAUUUUUAUUGAAUUGCACAAAUGUUAAUGUCAAAGCUAACAAAGUUGGUGAGAAAAGUCAUGAGAAGGAAAUAAACACAGAACAAAACAAGAUGCCAACAGUUCAACCAAUUCCAAAUUCAAUUGCUGAUUUAGGUGAAGGUCCACAUUGGGACGUUGAAACUCAAAGCUUAUAUUUCAUUGAUAUUAAUGGUCCAACUGUGUACCGCUACGAUUAUAAUGAAGAUAAAACAUAUCAAACUAAAAUAGAAAAUGAAACUUAUGUUGGUUUUAUAACACCCAUUGAAUUGCAACCGAAUCGUUUUGCUGUUGGUUUAAUGCGUCGUGUUGCUGUUCUUGAAUGGGAUGGACGUUCAGAGAAUUGUAAAGUUCUGAAUACAUUAUUUGAAGUUGAUAAAGAAUCAGGACUUGAAAAAAAUCGUAUAAAUGAUGCUAAAGCAGAUCCACAUGGUCGUUUCUUUGGUGGAACUAUGAUUGCAAAAUUACCAGAAGAUAUUUUUACAAUGACACGUACUGGUAACUUUUAUAGAUGGCAAAGAGGUGGAACACCAACAAAACUUCGUGAUAAUAUCGGUAUUUCAAAUGGUUUAGCUUGGAAUACAGUAACAAAAAAAUUCUAUUAUAUUGAUUCGCCUGAUCUGGAAAUUAAGGAAUAUGAUUAUGAUCCAAAAACUGGAGAAAUUUCUCAUCCAAAAGUGAUUGCAGAUUUCCGUGUCAAUGGUUCCAAUCCUGGUUUUGUACCUGAUGGUAUGACUAUUGAUAAAGAUGGAUUUUUAUUUGUUGCUUCUUUUGGUGGAUCAAAAGUUUUAAAAGUUAAUCCUAAUAAUGGGAAAAUUGAGCAAGAAAUCAUUAUGCCGUGUGAACAAAUAACUUCUGUCGCUUUCGGUGGCCCAAAUUUGGAUAUACUUUAUGUAACAAGUGCCCGUAUAAACGACAAACCAGCUCCUGCAGGUCAAACUUUUAAAAUUACAGGCUUGGGCACUAAAGGAUUGGAAAUGUACAAAUUGAAAACAAUCGCUAUUGUAGAAAAUAUACUAGAUAAAAGAGAUUUCUUGUUGAAGAAAAAUUGCAUACAAUCAGGAUGCAAUUAUGUUUUGCAGAACAAAAGAAAUAAUACAUCCGACAUAAGAAUACAAAGAAUAAAAAUGAAUAAAUUUAUAAAAUAUGUUUUCGUACUUGUUAUACUCUUAAUAAUUGGAAAGGGUAGUAACAGUGCAUCAAACAGUAAUAGUAAAGAAGAUAGUUCCUCGUCAUCAGAAGAAAGCAAAGAAAUGGAUUUAAGCGUAGAAUCUAUAGGUAAAGAAUCUUAUGCAGACAUUGCAAAAGGACCUCAUUGGGAUGCAGAUACUCAGAGCUUGUACUAUACAGAUAUUUAUGGACCUGCUCUUUAUCGUUAUGAUUUUAAUGAAAGCAAAAUAUAUAAGUGCUCAAUCCCUGGUGAAAAAAUAUCAACAACUAUAAUCCCAAUAGAUGGACAUCCUAAUCAGUAUACCGUAACUAUGGGACGAUUCUUAAAAAUUGUUGAUUGGGACGGAAAAGCGACUGAAUGCAAAGUAAAUCGCACUCUUUUUGAAGUUGAAAAAGAUCAUCCAAAUAAUCGCUUUAAUGAUGCAAAAGCUGAUCCCAAAGGUCGUUUUGUAGGCGGAACAACACACCAAGAAGACGAUAUUUUUGCAAAACGUGAAAGUAACUUAUGGAAAUGGGAAUCAGGUAAAGAACCAACAGUAAUUAAAGGCGAUGUCGGAGUAUCAAAUGGUUUAACAUGGAAUAUGACAAUAAAGAAAUUCUACUACAUAGAUUCAGUCGAUUUCGAAAUUAAACAAUUUGAUUACGAUCCAGAUACUGGAAAUAUUUCAAAUCCAAAAGUUAUUCAUGAUUUUCGUAUUGAAGGAAAACGACCAAGUUUUGUACCUGAUAGUGUAGCUAUCGACACAAACGGAAACUUAUAUGUUGCUCUAUUUGGAGAUAAUAAAGUUGUUAAAGUCAACCCAACAACUGGAAAAGUUGAAUUAAGUAUUAAAGUACCAGCUGAACUAGUAACAUCAUGUACAUUUGGUGGUCCAAGUAUGGAUAUACUUUUCGUUACAACGGCUGGUAAAGGUGGAAAACCAGAACCAGCUGGCCAAACCUUCAAAGUUAGUGGUUUAGGAGUACAAGGUGUACCUACUUAUAAAGUAAAAGUCUGAGUGAAUAAAUAUGUAUAGGUAUAAUGUAGAAUGAUUCCUACAAAUAAAAAAACCGAAACAGAAAUGUUCACAAUCCUAUCUCAUUAAAGUGCCUAUUAUAAAUUAGAAAGCAAAGUAUGUAUAUCAUUGUAAAUUGUUUGUGAUUUACGUAAUAAUAAAUUGUAAAUAAAUAAUACGGUAUAGAAAACCUAAACAAACAAAAAAAAAUUGUUC